CUAGACAAGGAGCUUUUCAAGGUGAGGGUUAAGUUUGUGGAGAGGGCGAACGACGAACUUAUUAAUCAGCUCCUGGAUGAACUUUUACAUGAUAGUAUUGUGAAUUACGGAGAGAUAGACUCCAUACUUGAGGAGAACAUAACCACAACAGACAGGGCACGCUGCCUCAUUGACAUAGUGAGGAAGAAAGGAGAUGAAGCCAGCAGGAAGAUGAUUGCUCACCUUCAACACAGACAUCCUGCACUUUACAAAACCCUGGGUCCGUCUUCUGGUCAACCCGCUCAGCCAGCUGCAGAACCCCAGACAGAGCAGGAGUGGUCACCGACACUCAUCCAAACAACUGAAGCAUUCCUGAGGGAAAAAUAA